CAUCGCCUUUACGGCAGCCGGUUCCCACAACAGACAUCAUGGCAGAUGCUCCGCAGUGCUCCAGUGCUGAGGAGGGUUUAAUGGAGGAUCAGGGGAGCUCAGCUGCGGGGAGAGACAGCGGGACACCGGGAGCUACAGCCCGGGAUAAACCCGUGUGUCUGAUCGUUCUGGGCAUGGCAGGUUCCGGGAAAACCACCUUCGUUCAGAGGUUGACGGCUCACCUGCACACUCGUAAAGCUCCUCCUUAUGUCAUCAACCUAGACCCUGCUGUCCAUGAAGUCCCCUUUCCUGCAAACAUAGACAUCAGGGACACAGUGAACUACAAGGAGGUGAUGAAGCAGUACGGCCUCGGACCAAACGGAGGCAUUGUGACGUCACUCAACCUGUUCGCUACACGCUUUGAUCAGGUGAUGCAGUUCAUAGAGAAGAAGCAGCAGAAUCACAGGUACGUGCUGAUCGACACGCCGGGUCAGAUCGAGGUUUUCACCUGGUCAGCGUCCGGAACCAUCAUCACAGAGGCUCUGGCAUCAUCUUUCCCCUGUGUCGUCAUUUAUGUGAUGGACACAUCCCGCAGCGUCAACCCUGUCACAUUUAUGUCCAACAUGCUCUACGCCUGCAGUAUUCUCUACAAGACCAAGCUGCCUUUCAUUGUGGUCAUGAACAAGACUGAUAUAAUCGACCACAGCUUUGCCGUGGAGUGGAUGAAAGACUUUGAGGUUUUUCAGGACGCCCUGAACCAGGAAACGUCAUACGUCAGCAACCUGACGCGCUCUAUGAGUCUGGUGCUGGACGAGUUCUACACAAACCUAAGGGUGGUGGGUGUGUCUGCAGUUACUGGAAGUGGGUUGGAUGAUCUGUUUGUUCAGGUGGAGGAAGCUGCUCAGGAGUACGAGAGGGAGUAUCGACCUGAAUAUGAAAGACUCCGCAAACAGCUGGCUGAGGCUCAGAGUAAGAAGCAGAAGGAGCAGAUGGAGCGGCUCAGGAAGGAUCUGGGAGCUGUGGACAUGACGAAUACACCUUCUACAGAGGAUGCUGCCAUAGCCGGGCCCAGUGAUCUCAUCAUGACACGCGGUAACCCUGAUGAAGAGGAUGAUGAUGCUGUGGACAGCGACACAGACGACAUUGACCACCAGGCAACGGAGGAGAGCAAAGAGAGUGACUCCUUUGGAAAUUUCUUAACGGAGAGGAGGGAGGUCGUUCAGGUCCGAAACAAGAAGUGUGCAAUUCCAGAAGUCCCCUGACCUUCACCUCUGCACCCUGAUACUGAACUCUGCUAAGAAGAAAAAGCAGAGCCAGAAUGUAGAUGAGGAAAGUGAACAUGCUCCAAAAGUCGUCCUUUAAAGGAAACAGACUGACACCUGGAUCAGACUCAUGGAGGUGCGGUGUACUCUUCAUCAGUGGUGUUUUUCUCCUUAGAUGCCCUGAUACAAACCUGAACACUUGGAGCUGACUCUGCUCAUUCAAACAAGCAGGACGGCCUCUCCUCAGUGAUGCUCCUUCCCUUAAAAAAGUUCUAUUUUUAUAUCAGAAAAAGACUCUUCUAUUCUACUUUUUGUGUUUUUCAUUAGUGUGUUUGUAAAAGAACUAAAAGGAUCUACGAUCUUAAAAAUAAAAGAUUUUAAUUCAAAAA